AUGGCGUCCUCAUCCUGCUCGCCCUACGGGCACUCCACAUCCACUCGGGACUAUCUCUUCCGGUCCCUCUACCUCCGGCGCGAGAUGUUACUCCUCACCACCCACGGCAUGGAUUCUGCGUUGACCCCGGCAGAGGAGGAUAAGGACGAGAGGCAGCCAAGCGUCGCAAACUCGGUAGAGUCGGCGGCCAGUACACUGCGAGACGUGUUGCUUCUGCCGCCGCUCUACUGCUUGGAUGGCCUGUCGCUGACGCCGUCCGUCAACGAGGAGCCGGCCUUUGGGGUAGACCCGAUGCUCACGCCAGACCACGCGUGGAACGGUCUUGUGCACGUGCGCUCGUCCUCCUCGCCUUGGCACCGUGGCUGCUUCGCCUUCUACGUGUACUUCCCUAGCCGGUAUCCCUUUGAGCCACCCAUCAUCGAGCUCACUGGACCGUUUCGGAGCCACCCGCUCGUCCAGGAGCGCUGUUUGCAGCAUCUCGACGAGCUGAGUGGCGCCGCCGAUCACCUCUCCGGGAUUUCGUCGUGUGCCGCGCAGCGUGACAGCCCUGUCAAGGGCGCGUCCACAGCAGCGCCCUCGGAACCGGUGAAGCGCGUCUUUGUACCGUUCGAGGAGGUGUACUCCACCAUCGACCCCAUGCGGGUGUCUGUCAUGACGGUGCUAAUCCGCCACAUGCGGCUCAUCUUCCUCCCUGCCGAGUGGCCCUCCUCGUGGCGGUCACCAUCGAUGGAGGCUGAUCGCGACUCUGGCGGGGUGAACCGCGUCCUCGCACGCCGCGAUGUGGAGCGGCGCAGUGUGACGCAGGAGGUGCUGCUGCUGAAGCCGUUUGAGCAGUAUCUUGGCACCGAAGUGAUGCAACACUUCCUCGACGUCUGGAAGGCGAGUGAAGGCGAUGCGGGUGACGGCAUGACGGACACCGUCACCGGCGACAAUGCAGGCUGGUACACUCGUGAAGUCCUUCCGCACCUCCUGCACUCUUGA